CUUUAAUCUAAUUUUGCAUUUUAGUUUGCAAGAAAGGAAAUGAUGAGUGCCUCUUCCUCCAGAAAAGUGAACAAGGAUGAACAAGUGGCACAACGUAAAAUCCACAAGCCAAGGUGGCUUGAGGCUUUUCUGAAAAAAACGUUCUUUGACUCAUGUCCAUCUCAUCCAUUUCGUAGGAAUGAGUUAAAUAAAUAUUGUAUAAAUUGUAAUUUGUCAGUUUGCCAAUAUUGUGUAACGUUGCCUCCUCAUCGCCAUCACAAGAUACUUAAAAUCUAUAGGCAUGUUUACAAGGAUGUUGUCUCCCUUACAACCAUGGAAAAAUAUAUUGACAGCUCACAAAUUCAGCCUUACAAAUGCAACAAGAGACUAGUUAUUUCUCUGAAUCCUCUCCCGCAUUCCGGUUCAACAACAAAUAAUGAGGCAUCAUGCAAUAUUUGCAAUAGAAAAUUGACUGAACCCGAUUUAUAUCGCUAUUGCUCUAUUUCUUGCAAGGUCAAAGCUGUUUUAAGUAAGCUUGAUGAUUCAGUUCCUCCUUUCAUUUCUAUCCAGACUCCUCCUCCUCCUCCUCCUCUUCCUCCUUCUCAAGAAAAGCAGGAGGAAACUCCUGAACCCCAAAAGCUACGAGAAAGGAAAAGAAAGGGAAUACCCCAUAGAGCUCCCUUCUUCUAAGAACCUCAAGUAGGUUGCAUAUCCUCAAUUUGAAUAUGAAAUAUUGGAAGAAAUUACAUCUUAAAGUUUAUUGACCUAGACGGUGAACCUAUCAGCUAUAUAUUGUGAUGAAAUUCUUAAAUAUUAUGAAUUUUGGUAUUUUGUGGCUUGUACUUCUUUAUUAUCAUGACAC